AUGACAGUAUCACCGCCAGCAUCGCCCACUGGCGCCCCCCCGCGCCCCAUUAGCGCUGUCAUGCGCACUCCGCGUAGUGCCAGUCGUUUAAGUAUGAGCAGCAGGCAAGGUGGAAGCCGUGCAUCAGAUGAGGAUGGAAAGACUGCAGUUAAAGUCGCUGUCCGUGUCCGACCGCCACUGAAACCCACCGAUCCUGGUUACGAAUUGAUUCCUCAGAGAUUCCAGAAAUCCAUGGUCACGGUCACCGCGCCAACUAGUCUGGCCGUCGAUGUGACCGCUGGGCGCAAACUAUUUGUGUUCGAUCGUGUUUUCCCUGAAACUACCGAACAGCAGGGAGUCUGGGAAUAUGUCAGUGAUAGUGUCGACUCAUUUGUUCAGGGAUAUAAUGUGUCAAUUAUGGCAUAUGGCCAGUCCGGCGCGGGAAAGUCCUUCACAAUGGGUACUUCGGGUCCCACUGAGCAGAAUAACAUGCAGAAUAUGGGUGAGUUUGAAAGAUGGUUGUUUACGAAUGAACCUCAGGGACUAACCGGAUAUGUUCAUCUCGAUUUAGGUAUCAUCCCCCGUGCUGCGCAGGUCUUGUUCGAUAAAUUAGAAGGCCCCUCAAAACAUAAUCGUAAUGCCUCGCAUCCAACUACUGGGCUCCGAACGCCUCAACGAUAUUCAAUGACUUCUGCCGCAAACUUCGGGAAAUUGCACCAGGAAAAAGAAAAGACCUGGCAGCUGAAGGCUACAUAUGUGGAGAUCUAUAAUGAGCAGCUGAGAGAUCUGCUCCUUCCGGAAUCGACCGCCGCAAACGAUCGCAGCAACGUCACGAUACGUGAAGAUACCAAGGGUCGCAUUAUCCUGACUGGGCUCCACCAGGUAAACAUUAACUCGUUUGACGAUCUGAUCGGCGCCCUGAACUUUGGCUCGACCAUCCGCCAAACAGACUCCACGGCAAUCAACGCGAAAUCGUCUCGAUCACAUGCCGUAUUCAGCUUGAACCUUGUGCAGCGCAAGUCUUCACAAGCCCAAGCCACGCCGAGCCCCAUAAAGGAGAAGCGCAUGUCGAUGCCAGUCGACACGUUCAACACCGGGGAAUCAGUCACUAUCGAUAGCAAACUGCACUUCGUGGAUCUAGCGGGUAGUGAGCGGCUGAAGAACACUGGCGCCUCCGGAGAACGCGCGAAGGAGGGUAUCUCUAUUAACGCUGGUUUGGCUGCGCUCGGCAAGGUCAUCUCGCAGCUUUCCUCACGUCAACACGGCUCCCACGUCUCAUACCGUGAUUCAAAGCUUACACGACUGCUCCAGGAUUCACUCGGUGGAACCGCUUACACGUACAUGAUUGCUUGCGUGACCCCCGCCGAGUUCCACAUGAGCGAAACUUUGAACACAAUAUCAUAUGCUCAGCGGGCCAGAGCCAUUCAGAGCAAACCUCACAUUCAGCAAAUUGCAGAAGAAGGCGACAAGCAGGCUUUGAUUGAGCGACUCAAAUCCGAGAUAUCUUUCUUGCGCCUGCAGAUCCGCAACUCCGAAGGAUCUGAGCGACGGGAAGGAGGAUCCACCGAACGAAGUGAACGCAAGAACGAACGUGAAAAGCACCUGCAGAAUCAGUUGUUGGACGUCCAAGAAAGCUACAAUUCUCUCAGCCAGCGCCACGCCAAGUUGAUUUCGAAUAUGGCCAAUGAUUCGCAGUCGCCUGCCGCCAGCGGCGAAAUGGACGACGCUACCUCGGAGAUUGGGAAGAACUCGGUUGAGAGAAUGCAGCGGUCCAGGUCCUUUGCCGAGUCUGUGGAGCAGAUGGUUUUGGAGUACGAAAAGACCAUUCAAAGCUUGGAGGCUUCACUCUCUGAAACACGCGCCUCCCUCUCUAUCACCGAGAGUGAUUUACUCGAGCGUGAGACCAAGUGCGCGUAUAUUGAGACCAUCAAGGAUCAGCUUCAGACCCGUGUCCAUAAGAUGCAGGAGCGGGAAGCUAACACUGAGACCUACCUCCACGAACUGGAGUCUAGGCUUGAUGGCCACUCUACAGGCGAAGAGAAGCACGCUGCCAUUGUUGCCGAACUGCGCAAGGAAUUAAGCCGGGCUCGCGAUAGCGAAGCCAGUUGCGAGGAAUACAUCUCGACGCUUGAAGAACGACUCGCGGAGGGUGAUCAGGACAUGGAACUUAUGCAGCGCGAGGUGAUGCGCCUGGAACAUGUCAUUGAGCGCCAGCGAGGCCUCGGGCAGCUAGACCGCCUACUCAGCGAGCUGGACCAACAAAAUGGUGGGGAUAGACACGAUGGAGCCAACGGCAUUGACUACCCACACUAUCACCAGGCCAGGGAUACGCAGACCUCUCAUAGACACACGCCCUCUCUGGACGUUCUCAGCGAAGCAGUCGAGACAGCCAUUCCGGAAUCAGACGAGGAUCUUGUCGAGCCGACCAUGGAGGCCGAGCUCGAGUCCAUUGGAGAGUCCAUUGGAGAGUCCGAGCAGGAGACGGGUGAAGACUUGAAGGUUCUGGAAACCGCGACCAGCAAGCUGGAGGCACGUCGCUCGGAGGCUCUUCGCUCGGACCCCGUCGCAAGUCCCGCCCAGUCCAAGUUCGUUGCCGAUAAGCUUGAGACUGUCACUCAGGAGCUUCUCGACCUGCGUCUGCAGCACGAGAACACCAUUGGUGACUUCGAGAAUCUCGAAUUCAAGUACGAACAAGCUCUCAAGGCCCUUGAAGAGCUUCGCCAGGACAAAAUUGACGAAGCCCGCCACCCGGCACCCAGCGUUCAAAACGAACUUUCGCCGCGCCCGGUUCCUUUUUUAGGAAAUGGAGGCACUCCGACCUCGAAGUCUGGAGUACAACACUCAUUCUCGCAAUCACUCUCUUCGGAAUUAUCCUCGGCCGGGGAGCAAUCCACUUUGCGCGCAUCCUCUGAAGACGGAUCGAAGGCAAUUUCAUCCGCGCCCUCAACCCCGCAAGUGCUGUCGGCCCGUCAGGUGGACUCUGAAGAAUCUGAGAACAUGCGCAAGAUGCUCGCCGAGCAUCAGGAGAGCGCUGAACUCAUGACCCAGAAAUAUACGGAGUUGCAAACCGAGCAUGAGCAGAUUCUUGUACUGGUCGAAAAGCUGAAAGCCGAGGCCCAACGCGCCAAGUCGAGCUCACCCCCUGCAACUCCCGGUUUCAAAAUGAUCCGCCGCAUGACUAGCCAGAACCUUCUGUCAGGAGUUGACCGUGCGACCCGAGCCCUUACUGGUCUCCGCCUCCUUGCGUCCGAGGAGUUUGCUGAGAAGCCGGACGCUAUGCACAACUUCGACUACCACCUGGAUCAAAUCAUGCAUGAGUUGCAAAGCCGUAUGGAGCGCCUCCAAUCCCUUGAAGCCGAGAACCAGGGUGUUAAGAAGGAAAUGGAAAUGAAAUCUACUAUUAUUUCUGGCCUGACCAGAGAACGGUCGAGCUUGCAAGGUGCCUCGCCUGUGGACAUGGCUCUAGUGUCGCAACUGCGCGAUCAAGUCGUCUCCCAAGAAAGGCAGAUCAACCACCUUCGAGACGCUCAUGAAUCCCGCCAAAAUGAACUUUUGGCCGAGAUUGAUAAUUUGAAGGGUCUUCUGAAGUCUCAAGAAAGCGCCACCCGCGCAAUGGACGCCGGUGCCGAGGAGCAGGAGCAGAAGAUCGGUGCUCUGCAGGGAGAGCUCACGGAAUGGCAAAGCAAGCACAAGAGUGCUUUGGAAUCCCUGCAGUCCUCGGAGUCGCAACUCACUAGUACUCUUGCCGAGCUGGAAGGUGCUUUGGCUUCGGUUGCUGCUAUGCGCUCUGAGCGUGCUGUCGCCGAUACCGACUCUACUGAGAAAGAAGCUGCUGCUCAAGAACUCGAGGGUGGCCGCGUCGAACAGCAGGACCUUGUGGAUAGCCUGAUGAAGGAUAUCGAGCAUCACAAGGCUACUAUUGCUACUCAGCUUGCGACAAUUGCUAGUCUGGAAAAUUCUCACGCCGAUGUCCGGGAUCAACUGGCUUCACAGACCACUCGCGAGGAAGGAGCCAAUGCCGGCGCUGUUGACUUGGGUCUUUCUUCUCGGAUGGUCGAACUUGAGCAGCAAAUUUCUACCCACAAGUCGGUUGUCGAUUCUCACAAUACUAAGCUGGAUGAUCUCCAGGAAUCUCACAAGCGUGAACUGGCCGAGUUGGAGGAGCGGACCAAGGCUGCCGUCCAGGCCGAGUACGAUGCUCGUCUCGUCCAGAAGGAUGCUGAGCAUGAGCAAUCCGUGGCGACUUUGCAGAAAGAUAUUGCUGAGUCGCGUGAUGAGUUGGUAAAGCUGCUCAAGGCUGUGUCGACUCUCCUCAACUCCGAGGUCUCAGCCGAGAACUUGACGGAUCAGAUCCAAGAUGUUUUGGCCCAGAAGCAGCACUUCUCAGAUAAGUAUGCUGAACUUAUGGGCACCAAUGAAGACCUGCGCAAGCAGCUGAAGGCCAACGCGGACGCUGAGAGCCGUCUGAAUGAAAUAACCGACAAGCACAACGCCCAGGACGCCAAGGUUAAUGAGCUGGCUCUCUUGGUGGCUACGUUGGAGGAUACUCUUCGCCAGAAGGACGAACAGGUCAAGAAGAAGGAAGCCCUGGUUGAGGAGAUCACGAUGGAGAAGCAGAAGAGCGUGCGUCUCGUGGAGGAGCUGGAAGAGCAAAUUACGAACAGCUUCGAUCAGCACCACAACCGCCUGUCCGUCAUUCAGCAGGAGCGUGAUCAGGCCCUGGAAGACGCCAAGGCCAAGAUUGUUAUCUACGAAGGUGACAUCGAGACUUACCAAGUGCGUAUCGAACAGCUUGAGCUUCAAAUCAAGAACUCUGGAACCGCCGACGCCUCCCACGACCGCAGCAGCUCUCUCACAUCCAACCUCCGCAAGAGCUCCUCCGCUGCCUCUCUUCCCUCGCCUCCACCGGCGAUCCCUCUCCCUCCUCUCCCCACCAUCGCCUCUCACUCCAACGGCGCCUCGAGCGUGUCACCGCCCAGCUCUCGACACGCCAGCAAAGAGCUGGUCAACAUCCAGAUGGUCGAGGAUCAGGAAGCCCGAAUCCGAACAAUCGAGAAGCACCUGUACGCCGAGAAGCAGCUGACCGCCACAUUGGAAGAGGCCCUCGGCGACCUUGAAACCCAGAGCACCAAGGUUAAGGCUGACUGCGAGGCCUGGAAGAAGAAGGCCUGGGAAGUCGAGGAUGAACUAUCCUCCCUCCGCAAGGAACGCAACUCUGCCCGUCUGUCCCUCCAGGCCGUCGAAGAGGAGCGGAGUGCCCGCCGUGAAGCCGAGGCUGCGCGCGCUCAACUGGAAGAGCGCAUGGUCGCCCUCAACAAGAAAAAGAAGAAGAGCACCCUCAACUGCUUCUAG